GGCUGAGCCAGCGCUGAGGGAUCUGGGGGAGUUGGGAGAGGAGUGUGCAUCAAGCAGAGGAGUCCCAAGCCUGCUUCGCGAGAGGAAGAAACCCAAACCCGCCGCCCGGCAAACCCAGUCCUCCCCGGUGCCCGCAGCCUAGCUCGCCUCCUCGCUUCCAAAGCAGCUGACUUCCCCGAGAAGCACGGCACUCAAGGAAGGAUUUGCCACAAAGAAUAUAUCACCCUCCUCCCCAGCGGCUGGAUACUGCAUUUAUUAUUUUUAUUUUUUUUUCUUUCCAGUCACUCUUCUGUGUUUAAAUACCAAAUAUAGCCUCUUGGGGGGAGGGGAUGGCAAUCUCUUAGAAGAAUUUGAAAUCUUGCUGGGGUUGCACGGCCCGGGAGAAGGACGGCGGAACCGGGGCGAGCAGGGGUGAUGAGCGGCUCUCGGUGACUGGCGGAAGGACUCGAGAUUUGCCACUUUUCGGGAAGCCCGAAGGUUGGUUUGUUACCAAACUGUUGUUUCUCCCCUUUUCUGGGUUACGCUACAUCCUUCAGCAUUAUUAAAGAAAACCGAAGCGUUGCCCACGUGUAGCUAGCUGGUGGCUUGAUUUUUUUUUUUUUUUAAGGUAGUUUUCAUCAACAAACUGACAAAUUUUCCUCCCUUCACCCGGAGGCUUUUGAGGUUUGAAACUGAAAUGGAGCUACUUUUCUCCCAAACACUACAUGUUGUAUGAGGGGAGCCAGGACGAAAACAUCGUGUUUACCGAUUUCGAAACGACUCCCCGACACGGCACCCACAGGGGAUGCUUCACGGAGCUUGAUGUGGAAAAGAGUUGGAGUGUGCUCAGAGACUUCGUCGUGUCCAGCAGCUUAAUUGUUGACUUUUUUUUUUUUUUUAAAGUGGAUUCGUAGCAUACUUUUAUGAAUUAAAUUUUGCCACCGUUUGUACAGAAGCCAAAUGACACGUGUGUUUUGAAACACGGUUCCAAAUAUAUCCAUCCCUCAACCCGGAUUCUCGCUAGGAAGAGCCGGAGGGAGAUCGUCAGUGUCUAAAGAAAUCUGAUUUUACUGUUUUAUGAACAUUAGCUGCGGCAGAAGUGUUGCUAUAGAUUGCUUUAUAACGGUUCAGCAAGAAGGGAGAUUUUCCAGCUUGCAGGACCCAGGAAACUGGAUACUUUAAGUCACUUAAAUGUUUUAACAGCACUGGAAAAUGGGAGCUGCUACUAAGUUGGCGUUCGCUGUUUUUCUUAUCUCUUGUUCUUCAGGUGCCAUACUUGGCAGAUCAGAAACACAAGAGUGUAUCUACUACAACGCUAAUUGGGAGAAAGAUAAAACAAAUCGCAGUGGUAUCGAACCUUGUUAUGGUGAUAAAGAUAAAAGACGACACUGUUUUGCUACAUGGAAGAAUACUUCUGGAUCAAUUGAAAUUGUGAAACAGGGUUGCUGGCUAGAUGACAUCAAUUGUUAUGACAGGAAUGACUGCAUAGAGAAGAAAGACAGCCCUGAAGUAUUUUUCUGUUGUUGUGAAGGCAACAUGUGUAAUGAACGCUUUUUCUAUUUUCCAGAAAUGGAGGUCACACAACCAACUUCCAAUCCUGUUACACCUAAGCCACCUCUGUUCAAUACCUUGCUUUAUUCAUUGGUGCCUAUAAUGGGAAUCGCAGUGAUUGUGCUCUUUUCAUUUUGGAUGUACAGACAUCACAAGCUAGCAUAUCCUCCGGUACUUGUUCCAACCCAACACGCCUUUCAUAUAAUGAUUGAGGAUCCUGGACCACCACCACCUUCACCGCUGAUGGGUUUGAAGCCGUUGCAGCUACUAGAGAUUAAAGCUAGGGGAAGGUUUGGUUGUGUAUGGAAAGCUCAACUACUAAAUGAGUAUGUUGCGGUCAAAAUAUUCCCUAUUCAGGACAAACAGUCAUGGCAGAACGAAUACGAAAUUUACAGUUUACCUGGGAUGAAGCAUGACAAUAUUUUGCAGUUCAUUGGUGCAGAGAAACGAGGCACUAGCAUUGAUGUCGACCUCUGGUUGAUUACAGCAUUUCAUGAAAAGGGUUCAUUAACAGACUUUCUCAAGGCUAACGUGGUUUCUUGGAACGAGCUAUGUCACAUCGCUCAAACUAUGGCUAGAGGCUUGGCUUACCUUCACGAGGAUAUACCAGGGCUAAAAGAUGGACACAAACCUGCCAUCUCACACAGGGACAUCAAAAGCAAGAACGUGCUGCUGAAAAAUAAUCUUACAGCUUGUAUUGCUGAUUUCGGUCUAGCUUUAAAGUUUGAGGCUGGAAAGUCUGCAGGGGACACCCAUGGACAGGUUGGUACACGAAGGUAUAUGGCUCCCGAGGUACUAGAAGGUGCUAUCAACUUCCAAAGGGAUGCGUUUUUGAGAAUAGAUAUGUAUGCCAUGGGACUGGUCCUCUGGGAACUGGCGUCACGCUGCACCGCCUCGGAUGGCCCAGUAGAUGAGUACAUGUUGCCAUUUGAAGAAGAAAUUGGCCAGCAUCCCUCCCUUGAAGACAUGCAGGAAGUUGUAGUUCAUAAAAAGAAGAGACCUGUUUUAAGAGAGUGUUGGCAAAAACAUUCUGGAAUGGCGAUGCUCUGCGAAACCAUCGAGGAGUGCUGGGAUCACGACGCGGAGGCCAGGCUGUCUGCGGGCUGUGUAGAAGAACGGAUUAUUCAGAUGCAAAAACUAACUAACAUUAUCACGACAGAGGAUAUCGUGACUGUGGUCACAAUGGUGACAAACGUUGACUUUCCUCCCAAAGAAUCCAGUCUAUGAUAGUUGCACUGGUCACGGCGCUGACCGCCAAGGACUCUGCACUGGAGCUGCUCCCGCGGCCGCGGCGUCGCUGGGUUCUGGGGGGAAGGAGGAGCGGUAAGUCUCUGCGGAACGACACCAAGAGGGAUGGUUUGGUUGGUUGGUAUUUUUUUUCCUUUCUUCCUCCCCUUCCUCCUCCCCACCAUGGAUCCGUGAGACUUUUUGCAUUCCCUGCUUCCACCCGAAGGACUGAGAAACGAUAAUGUGCUGUUAAGGAACUUUUACAUGAAGAAUACGGACCUGUACCAGGCUAAUCGAGCGUUUUAAAAACUGACAUCAGAUUUCUUAAUACCUGUCAGAAGAGACUAAUUCCUUAAAUGAACUACUGUUAUUUUUUUUAAAUCAAACAUUUCAUUUCAGAUUUAAAAAAAAAAAGGGUAACUUGUUUUUAUUGCAUUUGCUGUUGUUUAUAAAAAUGACUAUUGUAAUGCCAAUAUGACACAGCUUGUGAAUGUUUAGUGUGCUGCUGUUCAGUGUACAUAAACAAAAGUAAUCAAGUGGGAUAUAGUAAAGAGGCUUCCAAGUAUUACUUAACCUCCCUCAACAAGGUAUACCUCAGUUCCACCUCGCUAAAUUAUGAGAUUGACAACACUAAUGAAAUUGGAAUAAUAAAUCGAUCCAUGUUUUGUAAAUGAUGUAUUUCAAAUUCACUGUGUUAUUUAAAAAGGGUAAGCUACGCUUCAUGCCAACAGUAAAUGGCCAUUCCUAAAGCAGUGUUUUUAGCCUUUUCUUGUACUAGCUUGUUGUGUAUAAAAAAAAAAAAAGUGCUGUUUAUUGAAACAAAAUUUUCCUUCCUGUUUUAGUUUAAAGCUUUUCUCUUUCCUCCAUUUUCCAGAAUAUCUCAUACAUUUAUUUAACUGAAUACUAUUUAGGUUUGCUGUGUCUGAGGAAUAUUUGAGAACUUUAAGCAUGACUUUUUUUUAAUUUUUCUGUGAGCUGUGACACUGGAAAGCUCUGAAUUCUUGUUCUUUUUUUCAAAGAAGUCUUUUUUCCUAUUUAUGUUUGUGACCAGGUCUGCCUAGCGUGUUCUCUGUUUCACUAAACAGGAUGAUGCAGUGGGUUCUGUAUCACUGUUUCAGGAUCACCUCAGGAAGCUCAGUUACCCCCAAUUCCUCGCUCUCUGCUUGGAGAUCUGCAACUUCCCUCGACUUAAAGCUUGGUGCCAUCCUGUCAGAGUCCUCCUUAAUGGCUGCGCCACGCAGGUUCCUCCUAGAACAGAACGGAAAAUUCUAGCCACAGAUUUCAGAUGACAAAUUUCAGGGAUAAUUUAGUUACGCUUACAACUUUGAAAAUAUGCAAGGACUGUUCAGAGGUAACGAAUACCAAUGUCCAUAGCCCAGACUCACAAAAAGAGGAAAACCAUUUUGAAACUGCUUUCACAACAUUCUUUCUGAGUUCAGGGAGUCAUGCCUUAGACUCCAGCUACAAGUGACUGGUAGGUAGGUGCCAAAGUGCUUCUCAGUAGUAGUUCCAGUGUGUUCAUUUGCUGAUCCCUUCCCCCAGAACCAAAUUUUCCAACCCUCUCCAGUACAGAACCACCAGGAGCAUGCUGCGUCUUCUGUUGUUUUCUCUGUUUUUCCACCCUGUGUUCCGUGUCUCAGAAGAAGCUUUUCCUGGUGCAGUCAGGGCCUCGCUGUGAAUGUUACCUUCAAAGCUGCUCUGGACAGCCACAAGAUUCUCGUGGUUUUACAUGUAAACCAACUCCUCCAUCUCUGGGAACAGUGAGAGACCUCAUGGAGAACCAGACCGAGGGCAGCGUGUUCUUGCUGGGGUGGGGAGGGAAGGGCUGGCAGCGAGGGGCUGUAAAGAGGAAGAACUGGAGUUUGUGGCUGUAUUUUUGAUGUGAUGCUUUCAUUUGGCUUCUGUUUUUAAACCCAGGGAUGUGACUUUACGCACACGUCGCUGCCGAGUUCUGAACAAAACACCCAUCCAUGCGUGCUUCAGGAGUUGUAACCCCUUCCCUAGCAAAACUGGUGUAAAUACAGUCGGGUUCCUAAGGAGUUACUCAAGAUCUGAUGCAAAAAUUGGUCAUGUAUAAGAUGUGUAAAUAAAUUUAAAUUUCAGUGGGGUCUGGGGCCUUGCAGAUGGUGCUGAGCCUGGCCUCAGUGAAACCGAGACUCUCUCUCUGUAUUUUAAAUCCACCUGGGGGGAGCUCCAGUUAUUUAAAUAUUGUACCACUCUUAGUUUUCCUGCUUUAUAACAGCGUAAUUUACGUCACUGAAAAGCAUGUUCGCAAUGUAAAUGCUUUUUCAUUGGUGAAAUUCAUGUCCCCAGGGCUGGGGUGGUUCGGUGCUUCUCCUUGGGCUGUGUUUCCCUUCCAGAGUGUUAAAUGUGCUGAGCCCAAAGCUGCCUGAGUUGGCACCACUGGGCAGGAUUGGGUCAGAGCGAUGCAGGGGGCAGGGGGGGAGAUUUGCUGUUUUUUUUCCCAGCAGGCAGCACCCAGUGUCCCUUCCAGUGUCGCCCCUGAGGGUGAGGCCUUUCCUGGGUGGUGCCGUAGCUAAUUGUUGAAGUGGGAGUAAAAGUCCCCCCUGUCCCCCUUCUUUUAGGCAAGGUCUUAAAACAUCAAGUACCAACUGGUGGUGUGCACCCUAAGCUGUAACCAGACAGUACUAACCCUUUCCUCUUCCUCGUAGCAGUUGACAGAAGAAGUCGGGUCACCACUUUGCUCUUUUUCCAGCUUCUAUUUUUUAAGCUUUUUUUAAAAAAAACAAAAACCAUUAGGAACACUUGGUACAAAAUGCAGAAAGCUGCACUCUGCAUCUGUGGGCAAAACGAUUCAAGUAGCAUCCUCGAUGGAACAUCAUUUACCUCAGAUACUCAACCAGCAGUACUUUUUUUUUCUUUUAUUUUUUUAAUGCCGUUUCAGUCCAUACAUUAUUCGUUACCUCUCAAGAUUUUGGUAAGCAAUUAUUUUACCUUUACUCUUUGUAUCUGUCAGUGUUUUGGGCACAGGUUGUUGUACUACUGUCAAAAGGUACUUGCUGUUUUUCUGCAAGUACUAGAAAACAAACCAACCCCCUCGCCCUCAAUAAAGUGAUUGUUAAAUAUUGUACAAAUAAAAAAAUGUAUACUCUUUCUCCCCUAUUCCCCCAGAAAGUUAAAAUAAAAAAUGUGACUACUCUGACUUGCA